CAAAAAAGUUAACAAUUUCAUUCGUUCUGCUACAAUUGAAUGAAUCUUUUACCAGCUGACUGAGAAUUGUGAUUGCAACUUUGAUUGUUGUUAGUAAAAUGAUUUAGAUGAAACCUGUUGGGUAAAUUGAGACCUUUUAACAACUCGAGAUGUUAAAUUGAUUCGGUUGAUGACACAGAGAGUGGGCGAUUAUGUUGAUGGGUCAAAUGUUGACCUUUGUAAGUUGUUGAUCUAACGCACGAGUCGAAAAAGUUUUUCUCUUCCCUUAAAUUGUUCAUCUUAAUUGUUUCCCUUGUGAAAUGAAUCUUCUCAACAAUCUAUAUAUUCACAAAUCAUAAAUCGUUGAAACGGUUUCGAAUUGUUUUCACUUAAUUGACCUCAAUCACUUGAGAAUGACCCUUCACCUAAUUGUCUUUCACACUGACCCCUUUUACCAGAAGUCAAAACAUGAUUGUCACUCGACUAACAAUCUAAUUUACCCUGAGGCUAAAAUCAUUUCUCUCUUUUUUCUUGCUAAACAAUUUAAACUUUUAUCACUUUACCUCUCAUUCAUAAAUUGAAACAAUUAACUUGAUUACACCGACAAUCAAUGAUCAAUUGUUUCCUUAACUAUUGAUACAUUUUCUUGCAAUCAAAUUGGAUUGGUAAUCAUUAAUCUAAAUGAUUAACCAAUUCACUUAGAUUUUGCUUGUUGAUGUUUUGUUAUCCGUUAAAUCAAUUAACUGGAUUAAUUAAAGUUUCCCGUGAAUUAGAAUCAAAAAUAUCUGAUUAACGAAGGAUUUUGUUAUUUAAAUAAAAGUCUCUAAUUACGAAAUAGAUUCAUUGUAUUUCACAAUCAGUGAACAAUUUAGAUGAUUGUUGAUUCUAAAUAACGAUAAUUACUCAACUUCUAAUUACAUUUAGAGUAAGAGAGCAAAAAAGUUGUGGGUGGAAAGUUAAAUUAAUAUCAACAAUCAAAUUAAAAGGGUUAACUAGUUAAAGAUUUGAAAACAAAAUUUUGGGCUCAAUCCAUUUGGAGUUGAUAAUUAUCAUGAUUAAGUUAAUAAUGAUUGUGAAAAUAAUGUCAAUUAAAUCAAUUGUUUCUAAGUUUAGAUUAAAUCAUCGGCGGAAGUUAAGAGUUGACAUUUUGUUAACAAAGUUACAAAUGUUUGACAACAAUUAUAAUUACGUUAACAGUUACACCGAGAUUUGAACAAUCAUCGCCUACGUUAAACAUGAUUAAGACAAAGACGUAAACAUGAUUAAGAAAUGAUGUAAGUGAGAAGUGAGAGAGAUGAGAAAGAGCAAAGGAAAACAUUGAUAAUCAAUUGAUUAGUUGAAAUCGAUGAUCAAUGAAUUUGAUUCUCAAUUAGAGAGAAGAGGUUGUUAUAUCUUCUCAAUAAGAUAAUCAAUUGAUAAGAAUUGAAAUGUUAAUAAUUUUGAAAGAAGGAAUCAAAUGAACACAGAAUCGAAGUCGAAAAAAAAAUCAACUUCUAAAAAUACUUAUUAGAACUUUUAGAAAAACAACAAAAACAAGUUCGAGAAACUGACAUUUGCUAACAAACGUCAGCACUUUUCAGGUUAACAACUUUGCCCUUUUCCUCCUCCACCUCCUCCAUCACCACCCACCCCACUCUGAGUGCUGAUGUUUUGUCAACAAAAAGGUUCCACUGUGAGUUAAAUAUUAUGUUUCAGUUCAACUCACCCGAUAGAUAAAUUGAACGAAACAAUUAAUCAAGAUUUAAAGUGAUUUGUGUGAUUUAGUAAAGUUUGUUGGCCAAGAAGGAGAAAAAAAUUCUCGUCGAUUACAAAUUAAUCAUUAGUUAAAUGACAAUUAUUACUGAUGAUGUUUUAAGAGCAUCUCUAAGUUUCUCUCUCUCUCUUUUCUCAAAUCGUUUUCACUUUUCAUCCUAAUCAUCUUCAUCCCUCAUCCUCAUCCUGAGCCUUUUAAUCCCUAAUAACAUUUAAUUGAUAAUCACUCUGUUAACAAUAUGAUUACAUGAAUUAUUUUGUCUUUAUUUCAAUUGUUUCUCUAUCAGUUCUUAUAAUGAUAAUGAAGAUAAUAAAGAUGAGGAUGAGGAUGAAGAUGAAGAUGAUCAUUAUGAUUUCAUCCUUAUUACCCUUCGGGUUAGUGAAGAAAGAAAGAAAGAAAGAGAGAGAGAGAGAAAGACAGUAAAGUGAUGAUAACGAGAAGAAGAAAACUGAAUGAAAGAAAGAGCGAGAGAUAUGCGAAAGUAAAACGAAAGAAGAAAAAAGAAAGAGAAUUUGAAAGAAGAUGAAGAUGAUGAGAGAAGGGGAUGGAGAGGAAAACGAAUCCCGCCCUAAUCAUAUGAGAUGAGCUUUUCUUGUACUUUUGAGCUGAGCUUGGGGGGUCAUCAUCAUCAUCAUCAUAUAGAUAGAAAAAGAAGAUGAAAGAGAGAGAGAGAGAGAGAGCAGACAUCUGAAGGGAGCAAGAAAAAAGAAGAGAAAAUGUUGAAGAAAAAAUAGUUUCCAUCGAAAUCGAAUAUUGUGCACUUUUCUUAUUCAUAUUAUUGUAUUUGUACGAAUUUCGAUUUAUUGGUUCAUUUUGGUCCAUUCAUGUUACGAAAAAUUUAUUUCUCUUUGUGGCAUUUUUAUCAGUCUUGGUCAACCUCUUGUUCGUGUCCAUCAUCAUUCAAUUACUAUCGUCGUAAUAUAACAUAACUAAAUUGUUUGUUUUUUAAAUCGUUUCCAAUUUAAAAAACUAUGAACUUUAUUAAUUUACUUUUACUUAUGAGGCCUUACCGGUUAAAACAAUCAAACAACAUUUACCCAAGUAAACAUAAUAAUUAUUAUAUAAUUUUAUUACUGUACAAUCUUGUUAAUCUAAUGCUUCUGGCCUCAGGUCAAAGUCUUGGCUAUUCCUAUCAAUUGUCAUCACCAUCAUCAUCAUCAUCAUCAACAAUCAACGAUAAUAGUAGUAAUAAUAAUGAACAAAAGUGUCCCGAAGGUCCACCAAGUCAAUGGGAAUCUGUGUUAGAUGCCGCUUCCAAGGCCUAUCUCGCUCCGAUCGUGUUUAACGGGUACUUACUUUCACUAUCUGAGGAUUAUGGGGGUAAAAUUGCGGCCACUUUCCGUGUUCGUAAAUCAAUUAAAAACAUCGGAGUGACACCUGAAUUUGGUUCCGGUACAGUUCCGGUUAACCUAAUAUCCGGUUCCCAAGUAACACUUUACUUUAUCCGAAGUAAACAAGGUAAAUCAAUUCCACCCUAUUGUCCAGUUCACCUUAAUGAAACUUCAAUUGGACAAUUAAGACCUGGUCAGCGAUACAUUGUCUUUGCAUCAUCACCUUUAACCUCACUCAUUGAUCUGCAAAAACAACAAUUUGCUGAUAGUGAUUGUGAAUAUAACAAUUUAAGGACGUCAACUCAGUCAUUUUCAUCAUCCUCCUCAUCAUCAAUGUCAUCAAGUGAUGACUCAAACAGUCACGGUCAUUCAUAUAGUCCAUCAUCAUCCUCAUCAUCCUCAUCUUCAUCUUCAUCCUCCCCCACAUCAACCUCAUCUUCCUCAUUGUGUAUAAAUUAUUUGAACGCGUUCACCUCACCUGAGCUUCACAAUAAGCGAUCAGCAAGAGCUGUUAGGAAAAUUUUAUCUAAUCCCGAUUGGGCCCGAGCACCGGAAGUGCAAGGUCUUAAUGGUGAUCUAAGGAUUCAAUCAAAGAGUAGGUUGCGACUGAAAUGCAGAGUGAACGGUAAUCCUUCACCUUGGAUUAAAUGGUUUAAAAAUGGUAAAAGAUUGAAAAGCAAAGGACGAAUUAGUAUUAGACAUUUAAGAAGGGAUAAUUCACUAUUAGAGAUUAAACCAGUUCUUCCAGUGGACACUGGAUACUAUGAAUGUCGAGCGAUGAAUGUAAUCGCUCGAGAACCGUCCAUUGGUAAAGUUCGUGUUAUUGUUAGUUCAUUAAACCAAAAUGGUACAACAUCUUCAUCUCCAUCAUCCUCAUCCUCAUCAUCGCCAUCGUCACAUUCAAAUAACAAGGAUACAUCAACACCUCAACAUAAUUCACAAUUCACAUCGUAUCCGUCGUCUUCCCUCUCGUCAUCAUCUUCGUCAUCACCGCAAUCACCUCAUUCACCUUCAUCAUCAACACCAACCUCAGACUCAACAUCCAACCCUUGGCACGCUAAAGGUCGGCCUUGUCCACACAAUGCUUAUUGUCUCAAUGGAGGAACUUGUACUUUCUACGAGAGUGUCGGUGAAUAUGCUUGCCAAUGCGCUGAGGGAUUUAGGGGCCAUCGUUGUGAGAGCAAGCACGUUUUUCCUCUUCUGGGAUCUGUGCAGAAGGAUUCAUGGGGCUUCGAUGCAAUUUCAAAAACGCUUCAGUAAAAGAUCGAAGAUCUGGUUAAUUAAUUUGAUGGAAUAUUAAUUAUUAACUAAGCAAUUUCUUCGUAUAUUUGUGGAAAUUUAUGAGAAAUAAAUUGUUUCAAAUUGAGA